GGUGACCGGCAAGAUGUCGGCUGGCUGGCGCCGUCGGGGGUUGGUGUAAGGAGCAUCUCCAUGACAAGCUCGGCGGAGACAGCUGACGGAGCCGAAUCGCGGGAGCGAGUUGGAGCCGUUGGCGGCGGCAGAUCGGGCAGGGCCGGGAGUGGGUGCCGAGGGAGCCCCGGCCGCGGGGUGUGACUGUUGGGUGCUCGGGGGAGCGGAGAGUGUCAGGUGCCGGAGACCGGUAAUGCCCCGCCGCCCCCCGGGAAGCCGGGAAGCCGAGCUCCGCGGGAUCCCUUCAUGCCGCCGACUGGUUUAGAGCCCGCCAGAAUGAACAGGAAGAAAGGAGACAAGGGCUUUGAGAGCCCAAGGCCCUAUAAAUUAACUCAUCAGGUCGUCUGCAUCAACAACAUAAACUUCCAGAGAAAAUCUGUUGUGGGAUUUGUGGAACUGACUAUAUUUCCCACAGUUGCAAACUUAAAUAGAAUCAAGUUGAACAGCAAACAGUGUAGAAUAUACCGAGUAAGGAUCAAUGAUUUAGAAGCUGCUUUUAUUUAUAAUGAUCCAACCUUGGAAGUUUGUCACAAUGAAUCAAAACAGAGAAAUCUCAAUUAUUUUUCCAAUGCUUACGCAGCUGCGGUUAGUGCUGUGGAUCCUGAUGCAGGAAAUGGAGAACUUUGCAUUAAGGUUCCAUCAGAGUUAUGGAAACACGUUGAUGAAUUAAAGGUGCUAAAGAUCCACAUCAAUUUUUCUUUGGAUCAGCCAAAAGGAGGUCUUCAUUUUGUGGUACCCAGUGUAGAGGGAAGUAUGGCAGAGAGAGGUGCUCAUGUUUUCUCUUGUGGGUAUCAAAAUUCCACAAGAUUUUGGUUCCCAUGUGUUGAUUCAUACUCUGAAUUAUGUACAUGGAAAUUAGAAUUUACAGUGGAUGCUGCAAUGGUGGCUGUUUCCAAUGGAGAUUUGGUGGAGACCGUGUAUACCCAUGAUAUGAGGAAGAAAACCUUCCAUUACAUGCUUACCAUUCCAACAGCUGCGUCGAAUAUCUCCUUGGCCAUUGGACCUUUUGAAAUACUUGUAGAUCCAUAUAUGCAUGAGGUUACUCAUUUUUGUUUACCUCAACUUCUUCCCUUGCUUAAACAUACCACGUCGUAUCUUCAUGAAGUUUUUGAAUUUUAUGAAGAAAUUCUUACGUGUCGAUACCCAUAUUCCUGUUUUAAGACUGUAUUCAUCGAUGAGGCUUAUGUUGAAGUGGCUGCUUAUGCUUCCAUGAGCAUUUUUAGCACAAAUCUGUUACACAGUGCCAUGAUUAUAGAUGAGACACCUUUGACUAGAAGGUGUUUAGCCCAGUCCUUGGCCCAGCAGUUUUUUGGAUGUUUCAUAUCCAGAAUGUCUUGGUCUGAUGAAUGGGUAUUGAAGGGAAUUUCAGGCUAUAUUUAUGGUCUCUGGAUGAAAAAAACUUUUGGUGUUAAUGAAUAUCGCCAUUGGAUUAAAGAGGAGCUGGACAAAAUAGUGGCGUAUGAACUAAAAACUGGUGGAGUUUUAUUACAUCCCAUAUUUGGUGGAGGAAAAGAGAAGGAUAAUCCAGCAUCCCAUCUACACUUUUCCAUAAAGCAUCCACAUACACUCUCCUGGGAAUACUACACUAUGUUUCAGUGUAAAGCUCACCUUGUGAUGAGAUUGAUUGAAAAUAGGAUCAGUAUGGAAUUUAUGUUACAAGUUUUCAAUAAACUGCUAAGUUUGGCUAGUACUGCUUCAUCUCAGAAGUUCCAGUCACAUAUGUGGAGUCAGAUGUUGGUUUCCACAUCUGGAUUUUUGAAAUCCAUCUCGAAUGUCUCUGGCAAAGACAUCCAGCCUUUAAUAAAGCAGUGGGUAGACCAGAGCGGAGUGGUAAAAUUUUAUGGAAGUUUUGCCUUUAAUAGAAAACGAAAUGUCUUGGAAUUGGAAAUAAAACAAGAUUAUACAUCUCCUGGAACUCAGAAAUAUGUGGGACCACUUAAAGUGACAGUACAGGAGUUAGAUGGAUCCUUCAAUCAUACAUUGCAAAUUGAAGAAAACAGUCUUAAACAUGAUAUACCCUGCCAUUCCAAAAGCAGAAGGAAUAAGAAGAAAAAAAUUCCACUGAUGAAUGGAGAAGAAGUUGACAUGGAUCUUUCUGCAAUGGAUGCUGAUUCUCCUUUGCUGUGGAUAAGGAUAGACCCAGACAUGUCGGUAUUGAGGAAAGUAGAAUUUGAGCAAGCGGAUUUUAUGUGGCAGUAUCAACUCCGCUAUGAGAGGGAUGUUGUGGCACAGCAAGAGUCCAUUUUGGCCUUGGAAAAGUUCCCCACUCCAGCAUCUCGGCUUGCCCUUACUGACAUAUUAGAACAGGAGCAGUGUUUCUACCGCGUGAGAAUGUCAGCUUGCUUCUGCCUUGCAAAGAUUGCAAAUUCAAUGGUGAGCACAUGGACAGGACCACCAGCCAUGAAGUCACUCUUUACUAGGAUGUUUUGUUGUAAAACUUGUCCAAACAUUGUGAAAACAAACAACUUUAUGAGCUUUCAAAGUUACUUUCUACAGAAGGCUGAGAAUGGGGCGGUGGUACUGGAGAAUCAGUAUCUUCUCAGACUGGUGAUUGAACUCUACUGUCUGCCUGCCACAUGCCUCCAGCCACUGUAUCCGUUAAUCCUGAAAAUGGUUGUGAGGAAACUAGACUCCUGCUCAACUAUGCCAGUUGCGAUGGCUUUAUUGAGAGAUGUUCAUAACCUUUGUCCCAAAGAAGUCUUAACAUUUAUUUUAGACUUAAUCAAGUACAAUGACAACAGAAAAAAUAAGUUUUCAGAUAACUAUUAUCGUGCAGAAAUGAUUGAUGCCCUUGCCAACUCUGUUACGCCUGCAGUCAGUGUGAAUAAUGAAGUUCGAACUUUGGAUAAUUUAAAUCCGGAUGUGCGACUCAUUCUUGAAGAAAUCACUAGGUUUCUGAACAUGGAAAAACUUCUUCCAAGUUAUAGACACACCAUCACAGUCAGUUGUUUGAGAGCCAUCCGAGUGCUUCAGAAGAAUGGCCAUGUGCCAAGUGAUCCAGCUCUUUUUAAAUCUUACGCAGAAUAUGGCCACUUUGUGGACAUCAGGAUAGCAGCUCUGGAAGCAGUUGUUGACUAUACUAAAGUGGACAGGAGUUAUGAAGAAUUGCAAUGGCUACUUAAUAUGAUUCAGAAUGACCCUGUACCCUAUGUAAGACAUAAGAUUCUAAACAUGUUAACUAAGAACCCACCAUUUACUAAGAACAUGGAGUCUCCCUUAUGCAAUGAAGCUUUGGUAGAUCAACUUUGGAAACUUAUGAAUUCUGGUACUUCACAUGACUGGCGGUUACGGUGUGGUGCUGUGGACUUGUACUUCACACUUUUUGGCCUCAGUAGACCUUCCUGCUUACCCUUGCCAGAACUUGGCUUGGUCCUUAAUCUGAAAGAGAAAAAAGCUGUCUUGAAUCCAACCAUAAUUCCAGAGGCCAUAGCAGGCAACCAGGAAGCUGCGGUCAAUCCAAGUAGUCACACACAGCUAGUUGGAUUUCAGAACCCUGAAGAUGAUCACCUUGCCAAGGAAGCAUCAUGUAAUAUAUCAGCUCAUCAGCAGGGAGUGAAGAGGAAGGCUGAUACACCACUGGGGUCCCCACUAGAACCUGGUCAAAUACUGGAGAAGAAUGAGGAUAGCAGUAAAGUCAGACUCAAAAUCAGAUUUUCAAGCUCUCAAGAUGAGGAGGAGAUUGAUAUGGAUACUGUUCAUGAUAGCCAGGCAUUCAUUUCCCAUCAUUUAAACAUGCUCGAAAGGCCGUCAACUCCAGGACUCUCUAAAUAUCGGCCAGCCAGCUCCCGAUCUGCUUUAAUCCCCCAGCACUCAUCAGGUUCUGAUGGCACACCCACCACAAAACCCCAGUGGAAUUUGGAACUUGCACGAAAGGGAACAGGAAUUCAUUUGGGUGUUUUUGAUCUUGAAGGUAAAGAACAAUCACCUUUGGAAAUGAGUAUGCAUCCAGUUGCAGCAGCUCCACUCUCAGUAUUUACUAAAGAAUCUACGUCCUCCAAACACAGCGACCACCAUCACCACCAUCACCAUGAGCACAAGAAAAAGAAGAAGAAGCACAAACAUAAGCAUAAGCACAAGCAUAAGCAUGACAGUAAAGAAAAGGACAAGGAGCCUUUCACUUUUUCCAGCCCUGCCAGUGGCAGGUCUGUUCGUUCUCCUUCUCUUUCAGACUGAGAAGGGGACAAAGGGGACCUUUUCCUCAGUGUUCAGAAGAAUAUAUGUAACUAAAGCUUUGUCAGCUGUAAAAAAUGAUAAAAGGAAAAAAAGAUAGUUGCCUCCCAUAGAGAUUCAAGUUCUAAACAUUUGAUUUACAUUAUUUAUACAAUUGAAAUCUAAUUAGGAAAAUGUGUUUUAUAGUUCUGAAUAAACCAUUUCAUCCUGUUUCCUCCUUAAAAUACACACACACACACACACACACACACACACACACACACACA